UCAAUGAAAAUGAUGAUGAGAUGGUGUUGAUCUCUGGUAUGAUGAUGAUGAUUCUGAUGAUCAUCGUCACCAUCAAACCAUCGAAUGAUCGAAUAUAUUAUUAUUAUUUCCAGAAUGGAACAACGUAAACGUAUUUACAUAUUUAUAACAUUUUUCAUAUGCACAUCAUGUCUUGCUUUAUUAACAUUAUCAUUGGCUACACAUCGUUGGAUUAUAGCUCGUCCAAUACGUUUAAUUUCACUUAAUUCAUCAACAAUAUUUCAACUAAAUGAUUAUGAUGAACAUACUGAGAUUGAAUUACCGAAAAAAUUUCGUGGUUUUGUUUAUUUUGGUCUAUUUCAAGGCACAAAGGUACUCAACUAUGGCCUAGGUGAUCGUACAACAAUUAUUUGGUUAAAACAAGAAAUGUUACGUAAUCCAAAUCUAAUGUCAUUUGCUCUAUGGCUAUUGACCAUACUAUCCGUUUCGAUUGCCAUGAUAUUCGGUCUGGUUGCUGCCAUAUUUUCCAUUAUAAAUACAGUGAUGACUCCUAUCGAAGCCAUUACGGGCGUACAAGGUUUAUAUCUAUGGAAUGCAUUAGCAAGUUUAUUCUGUACAUGUGCAGCAAUCACGUGGCUAAUACAAUAUCAAACCAGAUUAAUCAAAAAUGUUAUGACCGAUGAUGAACAACAGGAUGGUUGGACAUCAUUGAAUCGUACAUCGUUAAGUUUUAGCUAUUAUGUCGUUAUCAUCGCUCUUGCACUUCAUUUAUUCAACAUAUUCAUCAUUUAUUAUGGUACGACAAUGAUCGACAACGUUACACAGCGAUCGAAUUGUGGCCGUAGUCGCCGUCGUUGUAGUAAAGAUCGACGAUCAAAUCGAAAUGAUAAACAUCCAGAAGGUUUAAUCAUGCUUUAUUGAUCAUCAUCAUCAUCGACAAUCGAUCAAAUAUUGAAAUAUUUUUCAUUUUGUUUUUGUUGAAUAUUUUU